AUGGCCUUCAACGUCCUAACCACCACGGCAUCAGACCUCCAAAAUCUUCUAGUUCAAAACAAACUCACAAGCGUCCAAAUCGUCCAAUCCUACUUCACACAAAUUGAUCGCCAUGAACCCUUCCUCAACGCACUUAUCUCACUUGCGCCACGCAGCAAAGUCCUUGCGAUCGCCGCAGCCCUAGACGCAGAGCGCCAAACUUCCGGCCCCAGAUCCCCCUUCCACGGAAUACCAAUCGUGCUAAAAGACAGCUUCGUGACCGCCUCAGAGUCAUUGGGGAUGAGCACGACCGCCGGAUCCAGGGCGUUUAUAGGAUCUGUAACCUCGAAAAAUGGCGCGAUCACGCAGCGGUUGCUUGAUGCCGGGUUGAUUAUUUUGGGGAAGGGGAAUAUGACUGAGUUCGCGGGCAUGAAAAUGACAAUGAUGAUGCCUGGCUGGUCUGCGCACGGUGGUCAGACGCUCUCGUCGUACGUGGGGAAGAUGGAAGAGAAUGAAAAAUUACUCGGUCAUUCUGCACCAGGCGGAUCAUCGACCGGUUCGGCGGUCUCAGUAGCAGCUGGUUUCGCUCCUCUCGCUAUGGGCACAGAGACAAUCGGUUCUAUCGUUACACCCUCGACACGCGCUGGUUUGUAUGCGCUCAAACCUACCGUUGGAAUUCAAGAUACCACGGGGCUGUACUGCAUGACGGAGUUUUUCGAUAGUCCCGGGCCUAUGGCGAAGUCAGCUGCUGAUGUGCGCGUACUUACUGAGAUUUUGCUAGGAAGGAGCUUCGAUUUACCCGUCGAAACGGAUACUUGGGAGAGGAUCGAGGUAGGCUUCCUGGAUCCGAGGGUGUGGAAAAUGGGAGAGGAUUUUUGUACCCAAUUUGAGGGGACGGCGGAGCAAAUGGUGGAUGAGUACGAAGAGACGGUGUCUAUUUUACGACAUAAAGGCUGUCCAUUGAGGUAUCCGAUCAGUCUGGAGGAUACUUCAGCCCUGAAGGGAAUACUCGCGAUUGCAUAUUGGGACUUCAAAAACAUCUGCAUACCUAGAUUCAUCAACUCAUUCGACGACUGUCUCAUCAGCAGCGUCGCAGAUAUCGUCAGAUACAACAACGAGAAUUCCGAAACAGCCCUUCCUGUCCCAUUCACAGAACAAAAUGACCUCGAAUCCGCAAUGAAUAGCACCGAAACAAAACAAGACAUCGACAAAGUCAAAUAUGACCUCCGCAGGACAGCAAGACAAAUUCUCGAUGGGGCCUUUGAUGAACAGCAGGUAAAGCUCAUUGCUGCCCCGGGAGAUUCGCCAUUGUGUAUCCAUGCUGCCGCUGCCGGGUAUCCCAUUGCCACGGUGCCGAUAGGACAGCUUCGAUAUAACAAUCGGCCAUUUGGGUUGUGCAUUGUCGCGAAAGCUAAUGAUGAGGAGACAUUGCUACGAUUUAUGAGUGCUUAUGAGAAAGUAGCGAAACCUCGUCCGGUACCAAUACUAUAG